UGAAGGAUUUGACCACCCAGAGCUACACCCUAUAUAGUAGCUGCUUAGACCAUGUGAAUGAACUGGAUGAUCUGCUGGAGAACAGAUCUGUGCACAAGGUCAGCUGUAGGAGCAGAAGACAGAGCAAGCCAAAGUGGCAGCAGUCUCCAGAUUCCUAUGUUGACUCAAGCUCAGGUUGUAGCCUUACUACUGAAUAUGACUCUGAAUUUGACUCUUUCUACAACACGGCAAGUGAACUUGAUACAAAGGGGAAACCUUCAUUUUCCUCCAAAUGUCAUGUCGAGUUACCGUCUGACUGCAGACAGUGCAGGUCUAUGCACCUGUGUAACAAUGAUGGUGGCAGGUGCGUCGACAUCAGGGUGGACACUCCAGAUUCCAGAAACAAAACCACCACCAGCAGUAAGACUGAGGACAGCUUUUGGCCUCUGAGCAUUAUGGGGUCAUCUGAUUAUAUCAGCUCAUUUAACUCCUGGUCCUCCCUCAGCUCCUCAAGAUCCAGUCUAUCCACUCUUGUGUCUGUAAGAUCUGAGAUGAGUGAAGCGAUCCAUGCUCCACAAGUGGUUUCCAAGGAUGAGCCAUGCUCUACUAACAAAGGUCCUGCUGGCAGGUCAGAGUUGAAUAACCCACUACCAGUAGAAUUGCAGGGGAUGCACAGUCUUGAGAACAGUAUCUGGAAAGAGGCCACAAAGAAGAUUCCUGAGCUUGUUUUCAAUGUUGAAGAGGAAAAACAUCGAACUAUGGUGUGUGACAAAGUUACAGAUCCCGAACAGGAAAAUGCAAAGACCCCAUUUCAAAAAAGCCUUGCCAUGUUUGAAUAUCUUAUCAAAAUGAAGGGAAAAUCUUUUGGCAAAUUAUCAAAAAUGAACUCUACUGAUAUAUCCCGGGUAGCCUUCAAUGAUCAGAAACGGGAAAAGAUGGAUCUCUUGUCUAAGCCACAGGGAAAUUCUUGUCCUAACAAGUUAGUGAAGAAGCUAGUCGGACCAGGUAUUCACAUCCCUAUACCCAGAGUGAAACAUGUUUUAUUAAUGGAAAAGGCAUCCAUUCAACUUCUUGAGAUGAACCUGAAACAGAAGCGUUUGGAAAAUGUAUUGGGAGCGCCCACCAUCUUCAGCAAGUCCAUGGAACUGAUCACACCCGGAGAAACUUCUCAGCCUAAGGAAGUGACAUCAUCAGAGGUAGAGUUGGAAUUGAAUUGCUCUAAGACUCUUUUCAUCAGCAAAGAAAUGAGAGACAAGCUAGAGUUCCACAUCAAACGCAAGAAAAUCCAACACCUCUGGGGUUUGCCUCAUGUGGUGACAAAGUCUAUUGAAGCCCUUAUUCUCAAGGCACCAAAGAUAGACCAUAGCAGAGUUUCCCCAAAGCCCAAGUAUGACAUAGAGGUGAUGACAAGUGACUUGCCAUUUUUGACUGACGAACAGAAAGAGGCUUUAGAGGGCAAUGUGAGGAAAAAGAAGGCUCACAAAAACUGGGGUUACCCAAAACGGAUAAUGGACUCUCUGAAGGCAUUUGAGGUUCCUGAGGGUGUGGCCAAAGACCUGUACAAGAGACGUCGCCCUGGAGCCAAAGUCCAACACCCCCGAGCGGCCUCUAAGGUUAAGGAUAUCCCUGUGGAGCCCAAAGAGCCUCAGACAUCAGCUACAUCCAAAACCAACGACCUCAAAGAAAUUAGUAAAAAACAACAGAACAACCAGAACAACUCCCAUAGCCUAUCAGAAUCCAGUGUCACUGAGAUUCAAGAAAGAGGAUUUCCCAAAGUCGCUUUUGGGCCUUUUUCUAAGAAGUGUUUUCAUUCCGAGUAUCCAGUACUCACAACGUGUUUGAAAUGUGAAUCAAAUCUAAAUAAAUAUUCACUACACAAAGAAUCCAACGUGCACAGAGAGUUGAUAGCAAGGAGCACAGAAGGGGAGGGAAGAGACAAUGCAUCCCCAUUUCCACAGACACAGACAACCUGUCUGUCAGAGCAGCCAUCAGUGUCAACUAGCAGACCCUGCAGGAAGGAACAUCACUGAGUCCUGAAGGAAGAAAAGUUUAUUUCCCUCAACAUGAGUCCUCUUUCUGAAGAAAUAAUUAUUUAUUUUGAUCAACAUCAAAUAAAUACCGAUAUUAGUAUUUUGCAUUUAUCCCUUAAUUCUGUGCAAUAUUUUUAGGUGAGCUGGAGUAGUUUCAGAAAGUAAACACUAGGGGGACACAUUCUCUUAGGAUUUGAGCACUGAUCUAAAUGUACUAAACCAGAUAAAACAAAUGUUUUUGGUUUACCUUUAUUUAACUAGGCAAGUCAGUUAAGAACACAUUCUUAUUUUCAAUGACGGCCUAGGAACAGUGGGUUAACUGCCUUGUUCAGGGGAAGAACAACAGAUCUUUACUUUGUCAGCUCAGGGAUUCGAUCUUGCAACCUUUCAGUGACUAGCCCAACGCUCUAACCACUAGGCAACCUGACACCCCAAAUAUAUAAUGUAAGAUAUAAACUCUCCUACAAAUUUAUUUGGGCAGCAGUGCUAGACUUGGACUGAAAUAGGUGCCGAUGCUCAUUUUGGGGGCUGGUACUGUUUAUAUUUAGGUGCAGGAGCUCCACAAUACCUACAAAGCUAAACGGUGCUUAAUUUGUAAAUCGGGAGGCAACAACAUAAAGUGAGCACGAUAGGGGGGUGACCUGGAGAGCUCUGAGAUACCGGAAAAUCACCUUUAUAAUAAAGCAUUGCAUGCAUAUCAUUGCAUUUUUGAAGUGGUCUCGACUAGAGGAGUGGAGGUAUAUAAAUUCAACUUGUAAAAUGUUGGUCCCAUGUUUUAUUAGCUGAAA